AUGCCCGAGCUGAGCACAAAGUUGAGAAGAUUCUUUGGUAGCAAGCCUACUACAUCGUCUCUUUCCGAAAAGCAGUCUGCUGUAAAGCCUACACCCACCACCACCACACCAGUCAAAAUGUCUAGCACAAUUUCCGCUGCUCAGUUCCUUGCUGCUGCCAAGCACAGACGCAGUGUCUACGGCUUGAAAAACACCUCCGCUGUCUCCGACAAGCGUGUUCAGGAGAUUCUUGAAGAGGUUCUCUCCUUCACUCCCUCUUCCUACAACACCCAGCCUCUGCGCAUCGUCCUCGUCACUGGAGCCAAGCACGCUGCGCUCUGGGAUGCUAUCUCUGCCGCCGCUGAGCCCGUCCUCAAGGGUGCUGGUGAAGAAGUCUGGAAGACAAUGCAGGGUAUUUUCCAGAUGCACAAGGGUGCCUAUGGCUCCGUCGCUUUCUUCGAUAGCGCCAACGUUAUCGCUGAGUCGGGCAAGACGCACGCCUCUGCCGCUCACAUGUUCGACGAGUUCUCUCAUCACUCAAGCGGCAUGGCUCAGAUUCUUGUCUGGUCUUCUCUUGAGCUCGAGGGCCUAGGCGCCAACUUGCAGCACCUCAACGCCAUCCCCCCUGUUGAGGAAGCCAUCAAGAAGUUCCUUGCUGUUCCUGAGGACUGGAAGCUCCGCGCUCACCUCAACUACGGUGAUGAGGCCCAGCCUCACCCUGAGGUCCCCCAGAAGCUUUCCACCACUGAGACAUUGAAGGUUGUAAACUAA